GUCCGCUCUCAUUGGCUCUGCUGGUAAGUGGUCUAUUCUUGCCCACCCCCGGGUGACUAGCUUGGCCAGUAGUCGACCCCACCCGGGGACCGACUCUGGGGGUUGGAGAGACUCUUGGGGCCGGGGUCGGGCACUCCAGCUUUCUUCUAGCCCCGAGCUGGGAUUCCCUGGCCUGCGCCAGCUGCGUACACGGCGAGUACACCGCACCUGCCCGGGACUUCACCCGCAGCUGCGAGACUCCUCCAUUCCCGGAGGGCUCCCCACACCUGCUGCGGCCGUGCCCCAUCUCCCCACAGCUGCGGCGCUGAGCACCCCCAUGUCGAGAGGCUGAGACCAGGACAGGUGCAGGGCGUUCCCACUCACCCCCGAAAGUCCUCCUCCUCAGGUUUUCCUCUGCGAGUCUGUGUUGGAGGUAGAGAAAUAGUAUGUGGGGUUUAUGUGCAGGUCCUCCCCAGGCUCCGCUCCAUCCCCUAAAGCUCCAUUUCCUAGCCCAGCAUCCCAUUUGGUAAAGCCCUUCGAAGUGGGCCGCAGCAGGGUUGUGCUGAAUCUUUAGCGCAACCCCUCUGAGGAAUGGUGUCGUUUCCUACUCCUCAAAAGUACCCCCGAUGGCCCCAGCCUUCCCCUCAUUUCCCGUAAUACUCCAACUUCGAAAGGCUGGGGAGUGUGAAGCUAGGCUAAACCACUGAAGUUUAACCGGGUUUGAAGAGACCCCCUCUCCCCACCCGCUUCCCCAAACUGGGCUGCUACCCCCAAAGCCUGGUCAGGAAAGACCCUACCUCCAUAGGCAAAGGGGUUGGAGGGCCUCAAUUCUGGAUUUCCACGUGCAGCAGCCCUGACCAACCCUCCAAUAGGCCGGGAUCCAGCCAUACUUCAAUGGAUCCCAGGGGUAUCUUGAAGGCAUUUCCCAAGCGGAAGAAAAUUCAUGCUGAUGCAUCAUCAAAAGUACUUGCAAAGAUUCCCAGGAGGGAAGAGGGAGAAGAAGCAGAAGAGUGGCUGAGCUCCCUUCGGGCCCAUGUUGUGCGCACUGGCAUUGGACGAGCCCGGGCAGAACUCUUUGAGAAGCAGAUUGUUCAGCAUGGCGGCCAGCUAUGCCCUGCCCAGGGCCCAGGUGUCACUCACAUUGUGGUGGAUGAAGGCAUGGACUAUGAGCGAGCCCUCCGCCUUCUCAGACUACCCCAGCUGCCCCCGGGUGCUCAGCUGGUGAAGUCAGCCUGGCUGAGCUUGUGCCUUCAGGAGAGGAGGCUGGUGGAUGUAGCUGGAUUCAGCAUCUUCAUCCCCAGUAGGUACUUGGACCAGCCACAGCCCAGCAAGGCAGAGCAGGAUGCUUCUAUUCCUCCUGGCACCCAUGAGGCCCUGCUUCAGACAGCCCUUUCUCCUCCUCCUCCUCCCACCAGGCCUGUGUCUCCUCCCCAAAAGGCAAAAGAGGCACCAAACACCCAAGCCCAGCCCAUCUCUGAUGAUGAAGCCAGUGAUGGGGAAGAAACCCAGGUUAGCGCAGCUGAUCUGGAAGCCCUCAUCAGUGGCCACUACCCCACCUCCCUUGAGGGAGAUUGUGAGCCUAGCCCAGCCCCUGCUGUCCUGGAUAAGUGGGUCUGUGCACAGCCCUCAAGCCAGAAGGCGACCAAUCACAACCUCCAUAUCACAGAGAAGCUGGAAGUUCUGGCCAAAGCCUACAGUGUUCAGGGAGACAAGUGGAGGGCCCUGGGCUAUGCCAAGGCCAUCAAUGCCCUCAAGAGCUUCCAUAAGCCUGUCACCUCGUACCAGGGCUUCCGAAGUCUGGAAGACAUCCACAGCCAGGCCUCCCUGACAACCCAGCAGGCCAUCGGCCUGAAGCAUUACAGUGACUUCCUGGAACGUAUGCCCAGGGAGGAGGCUACAGAGAUUGAGCAGACAGUCCAGAAAGCAGCCCAGGCCUUUAACUCCGGGCUGCUGUGUGUGGCAUGUGGUUCAUACCGACGGGGAAAGGCGACCUGUGGUGAUGUCGACGUGCUCAUCACUCACCCAGAUGGCCGGUCCCACCGGGGUAUCUUCAGCCGCCUCCUUGACAGUCUUCGGCAGCAAGGGUUCCUCACAGAUGACUUGGUGAGCCAAGAGGAGAAUGGUCAGCAACAGAAGUACUUGGGGGUGUGCCGGCUCCCAGGGCCAGAGUGGCGGCACCGGCGCCUGGACAUCAUCGUGGUGCCCUAUAGCGAGUUUGCCUGUGCCCUGCUCUACUUCACUGGCUCUGCACACUUCAACCGCUCCAUGCGAGCCCUGGCCAAGACCAAGGGCAUGAGUCUGUCAGAACAUGCCCUCAGCACCGCUGUGGUCCGGAACACCCAUGGCUGCAAGGUGGGGUCUGGCCGAGUGCUGCCCACUCCCACUGAGAAGGAUGUCUUCAGGCUCUUAGGCCUCCCCUACCGAGAACCUGCUGAGCGGGACUGGUGACCCAUGGCUGGGGGUGCUGAGGAGAGCCGAGUUGGACUGGCUACCCCUCCUGGCCACCCAGUACUCCCUCCAGCCUCAGCUGGCUGAACCUUGCCGCUCCAACCACCAGCUUCCUCAGCAAGCAGGGCCCAGGGCUCUGGGCCUGAAGCAAGAGCCAGCCUGGCUCCCAGUGUCUGCCCGGCUCCCAGUGUCUGCCCAGCCCUCUCCCAGACAGGAGCAGGCUACCACCCCUUCUACCUCACCACUGCCCCUCGAAGAAUUUUGCAAAUGGCCCCUUGUCCCAUUUUAAGCAGGAGCAGGUGGCUGGUUUGAAGCCCCAGGUAUCCCCUUUCCCUGCUAUGGGAAAGGCCAAGCUGCUGGGUGGGGACAGAAGCUGCAGGGGAGAGGGAAGCAGCCGUGCUGUCAACAUCAUCCGGCACCCUCUGGGGUAGGAGAACAGCCAUUCCACACGUGUUCCCUCUAUCCAUCCUGCUUCCUGGGCAGCUGGUGGUGCUGGGAAUGGGGUGCCCCAGCCUUGGUGAGGACGGUGUUGGGAGGCCCAGGGGCCCAGUAAAGUGCAUUUGACAUUGAA